AUGUCAGAGUCGUCAGCAUCUUCCACUUCUUCACGAAGUUCGGAACAGACUGUGGAUAGACACCAACCUAGAGCCACCAACGAGCAAUCGAACAGCCGUGUUACUUUCCGAAAGAAUGUCGCGGAUACCGAAAAAGACGCAUCAGCUUUGAACCGGAAGCAGAACGCAAGCGGCCAAGGGCCUAGAGGUAAGAAAUUAGGCGAGCUAGGUGGGUUUGCGAGAAGCACUCUGGCGCCGCUGACUCCCCUUACCAAACCAGGUCAGAAUGAGAACUUCGCGAGCUCAAAUGCCAAACCCUCCGUAGGAUAUGCGUAUUCUUCACCAAAUCUACAAUCAUUGAAUGCUGCACCUGCUUAUGACAGAGCUCGUAUGAUGCAUUACUACCUUUCAGGCUCAGGUGUUCCGCGCGGCAAUACAAAUUAUGUGGACCCGCUGUACAGACAACUAAACCCAUCGGUCAAUGGCUUGAAAAAUAAGCCUGUUUGGAGUUUGAAUCAGCCUCUUCCUCACGUUUUGAACCCGUCUCUGGCCGAGAAGAUGAUUCAGAAAAAUAUGGAGGCGCGGUCGCGCCCAUCGUCAAAGCCUGGUUCUCGCGAUAUGUCUCGAGAAAACUCAAUGACCUCCGCAAGCGACUGGUACAGAAGUCUUAAAGGUAUGGCAUCGGGUCGCAAGCAGGAUGAUGUGGAAGCGCAACUCAAUCAAGGGCGGGCAAGCAGAGCUUCAUCGAAGGCUACUUUCAUCCCAGAUUUAAAACCUACGCAAUCGCAGUCUGAGGUAGCCAGGGAAAACCAACAGCGUCACCCGGCAACCUUUUCUUUGGGCGCCGACAGCUAUCCUCCCUCCGUUGCUGAUCGCCAAAAUGACGCUCCAAAAACUCAGCCGCCUGCAACUCAAGACGCUGAGCUCCUACUAAAAGAGCAACUUCGGCAAGACGCUGACAAUGCCGGUGUAUUAUGCGAUGAGCUUGAUAGUGACGAUGCCGAGCCCACAACGUUUCCUAAUUUCUGGGCAAAGAUCCGCUAUUAUUUCCGAGAACCGUUUGCUGAAUUUUUGGGGACCCUAAUUCUUGUCAUUUUUGGUGUCGGUGGUAAUCUUCAAGCUACUGUGACCAAGGGUGCAGGAGGUUCUUACGAAUCGUUGUCGUUCGCAUGGGGCUUUGGUUGUAUGCUGGGCGUUUACGUUGCAGGUGGUAUCAGUGGAGGACAUAUAAAUCCGGCUGUUACGAUUUCCAUGGCCAUCUUUAGGAAGUUUCCCUGGAAGAAGGUUCCAAUAUAUCUUUUUGCUCAAAUAUGGGGGGCAUUUUUUGGAGGUGCUAUGGCAUAUGGCUAUUUCUGGAGUAGUAUCACUGAGUAUGAAGGGGGUGCCCAUAUAAGAACUGCCGCGUCCGGCGCAUGCCUGUUUACAAAUCCGAAGGAUUAUGUUACGUGGCGGAAUGCGUUCUUCGACGAAUUUAUCGGUGCGUCUAUUUUGGUAGGCUGUUUGAUGGCUCUUUUGGACGAUACAAAUGCCCCACCAGCGAGCGGUAUGACAGCUUUCAUUGUUGGACUACUUGUUGCUGCCAUUGGUAUGGCACUGGGUUUUCAGACUAGUUUCACUAUCAAUCCUGCAAGAGAUCUAGGCCCUCGAAUUUUUGCUUCUAUGAUUGGGUACGGGCCGCACGCCUUCCAUUUAACCCAUUGGUGGUGGACAUGGGGUGCUUGGGGAGGUCCGAUUGCUGGAGGCAUCGCAGGCGCUCUCGUCUACGAUCUUUUAAUUUUUACCGGUUGCGAAUCACCAGUCAAUUAUCCUGACAACGGCUAUAUAGAACACCGUGUGGCAAAGCUACUACAUCACGAGAAGAAGCACAUGGAAUACGAGGACGGAAAAGAUAGUAACGAUCACAGCUCUACUACCACUAAACACUAA